UUACUCAAACUAAACAAACUGGCCAUUUGAUCUUUCAAUUUCGUGUCAUGCAAAUAUAUAUAUAUAUAUAUAUAUAUUCACUUGCCAGAUGUGAAUCAUGCAAACUCAUCACCAACAUUGAAGUCCCAGACCUAACCCCUGAUUCUAUAUAAAUACCCAUUUCUUUUACGCCUUUGUUAAGCUCUCAAAACUGCCCAGGACAAAGAACUCGAUCGUCAAUUCUCGGAGCCCCUCUUCAAUUGCUUUGAUUCCAGGAGAUGUGUUUCACUAAUUCUGUAUGAAUCUCGUGCUGAAGAUUUAAACUUGUGUAGUUGGGACUUGGGUUGUUUCAAUAUUGACCAUGUCUGGUUGUGAAAAUGAGAAGCGUCUUAAGAAAUCUGAUUCAUUUAAAGAGGAAGAUCAGAUCAGCAAUUUGCCCGAGCCGGUUCUUUGUCGCAUUCUCUCACUUCUUUCUAUGAAAGAUGCAGUGAAAACUAGCCUUCUUGGACCCAAAUGGAAGGACCUUUGGGCUGCUGUACCCAAUCUUGAAUUUGAUUUCAAAUCAAUGUAUCAUCCUAAUGGGCCUUGUUGUGAUUCCAAGGAUAAACUGAGUAAAUUCAUGGAUUUUGUAGAGGGGGGAUUGAUUUUGCGUGAUGGGUUGAACAUACAAAAAUUCAAUCUAUCAUGUUUCGAGAUCUGUGAUUUCUCCCAAAUUUAUGCAUGGAUUUGCAAUGUUAUAACAUGUAAUGUUCAAGAAAUUGAUAUUCGGUUAUCUGUGCACCCCUACGGUCAGUUGCCUUGGAGACUUCUUACGUGCAAAACAUUGGGGGUUUUGAAGCUAACCGGUCGUUUUGUGCUAAAUGUCCCAGCUAAUAUUUGUUUUCCAAGCCUCAAGAUUCUCCAUCUCCGAUCACUCAUAUAUACAGAUGAUGCCUCAAUUGAAAAGCUAUUUUCUAGUUGUCCCAUCCUUGAAGAUUUGGAUGUAGUAAGGCAUGACUGGGAUAAUGUAUGGUCCUUCAAUGUUUCCAUGCAAUCUCUAAGAAGAUUAUCAUUGUGUUUUCAUCCAAAAGGAUUCGAAUUUUUAAAAGAUCAUCAGCACAAAAUCAUGGUUGAUACUCCCAAUCUUGAAUACCUCAAGCUUCACAAUUAUGUAUCAGAAGACUACAUGUUCUAUAACAUAUCUUGCUUAGUUGAAGCUGAUCUUGAUAUUAUAAGGCCUCGCGUGAGUAGUGUACGGCGUAGCAUCUUUUCAAAGGGUGUGGGCAAGCUUUUUAUGAGGAUGUCUACUGUUAAACUUCUAUCAUUAUCUACUCGUACUCUUUGUGUUCUCUUGUUUGUUCAUGACCUUCGCUAUAAUAAUAUACCUACAUUUCAUAAUCUGGUACGUUUGAAGCUGGGACUUGAUCCUUUCCUAGGCUGGCAUCUGCUGCCAAAAUUACUUGUGAGCUCGCCUAAUCUCGAAGCUCUUUGCUUUGAGCAGGGACUUGUGUAUGUUAAAAACAACCCUAAUGAUCAUCACAUUCAGUUUAGGAGCAUGCCACAAGAAGUGCCUGAAUGUUUGCUUACGCACCUUAAGACUAUUGAAAUUCACAAGCUUGUAGGAAAGAUAGAUGAGCUGAAACUGAUAAAGUACUUUUUGAAGAAUGCAAUGGUUUUGAAGAACAUGACAAUCCGAUGUCAUUGUAUGAACGUAGUGUGGAAUGUUCGUGAUAGAUUGUUGAUGUUUCAUGAUGAAAUAUGGAAGUGUCCUUGGGGAUCAAGUUCUUGUCAAGUGAAAUUUAUCAUCUGAAGAUCUCAAUAGUCUACCUUCUUUUCUUGAAUGUAUAUAUCAAGUUUGAAGUUCAUUGUUCACAUUCUCUCUUUGUUAUAUGUCAGUACACAUUUUUGGCCUGGUUUAAAACCAUUUUAGCACCUUAGGUAGGAGUUUGCGAAAAGUGAAGCGUAAUCAUGCAUUAAGAGAGACAUGCCUUAAAUGAAUUUCGUGUCAAGUGUCAUUAACAUUUUGGAUAUAUUUAGUUUACUAAUGUAUUGCUGAUAUAUUAGAUGG